CACCUGGAGCGAAGGGAGAGCCAGGAAUGAAGGGUGACCCAGGGUUAACUGGAGAGCCUGGUGACAGAGGAAUAAGGGGCCCAUUGGGGUUACCAGGGCGACUAGGUGACCCAGGAGAAAAAGGUGAACCAGGUCUUCCUGGUACUGAUGGAAAGAAAGGCGAUAAAGGAGAGAUGGGGAAACCUGGACCCCCGGGAACACAAGUUGUUGGAGAAAACAGCAUACUGACCAGAGUUAUUACGGGUGACCCUGGAGAACCGGGCCAGCCUGGCCUCAGAGGAGAAACUGGUCUACCUGGGCCAAGAGGACCAGAAGGAAAACCUGGAUUACCAGGAAAUUCGCAGGGCUCUGGACUUGACGGCCUUCCAGGAAAACCAGGAACAAAGGGCGAUAAAGGGCAUAAAGGCGAACCUGGUCCAAGAGGAGAGCAAGGGAUUGCUGGAAUGCCUGGAUUACCAGGAACUCCAGGGAGACCAGGCACUGAUGGGAAGAGAGGCCUGCCUGGAAAGGAUGUGAGAAAUGGAGAAAAUGGGUUCAAAGGAGAGGAUGGAAAAAAGGGCGACAAAGGGGAUCCUGGUGUUAAUGGAAAAGAUGGAAGUAAAGGGGAGCCAGGGCCUCCAGGUUCGCCUGGCAGGCAGGUGCUAGUCACGACUGAGGGUGCCACAAUCGAUGACAUUCGGCAGGCAUUUCCAAUCCCAAUGGGUCCACCAGGAGCUGCUGGUGCACCGGGAAUGAAGGGUGAAAAAGGAGAGCGAGGCCUGGAAGGGGAAAAGGGGGAUGCUGGCACUCCUGGAAAGUCUCUGGAAAUGAAGGACAUUGAAGAAAUGUUUGAAAACUAUGGAAUAAGGCUGCCUUUGUUGAAGGCUUUGAUUGACAGGCUGCUGCAGGAUGGUAUAGAGGAACUGCUCCAAGUGCUCACUACAUCCAAGAAAAAAGAAAAAACUGAUACUCACACCUCCAAUGUCAUCACUGAGUACACUAGUUCUUUGAAAUUUGACCUCACCGGCAAGCCACUGAUAUUAGAUGAUGAGGACAAACAUUUAGAGGGCCAGCCGCAUGAUCCUCUGUCAGCUGGUCCUUUGAUUGAAACCGCAGAGGGUCCAACGCUAUGGACCAUGACUACAGUGGACGGAGAGAAGAAACUUGCCAAAUUAAAAGGAUCCAAAGGGACAGGGGAAGAAGACUGGGAUGGGGACAAAGUGUCUUCACUCAAAAUGAAUCUGACCCUGGUCAAUUCUACCUUAAACUAUACCAAUGUUGAGGAGACGGUCUCAGGGUUGCCUGAAACUUUGCUGGAGACUGUUCUCCUCUCUCAGGAUGACCCACUGAAGAAGAACUCUGCACCAAAGAAGAAGAACAGGGAGCAUGGAAAAGGCAAAGGAAAUAAAGGACGACAUAAGAGGCAGAGACAAGGCCUGAUGAAUAAGGAGCACAAGCAAAAGGAAGAGGAAAAGGAGAACUUCUAUGACGAUGAAGAAUAUAUUUAUGAAUACGAGGAAGAACUUUUCACAGACGAACCUUCAGUCUCUCUGGAGAGGACGGAGAAGAGAGAGGAGGAACGGCUAUUCACACAAAGUCCAUACCCAUUUGAAACCUCCAGUCGUCCUCUAGCCACCGUCAGAGAAACCGACGCACAGAUUAUCACAACAACCACAUCACCUUCUUUUCCAUCUCUGGAUAGUGUAGACAAGGAUGAGGUGACACUGCCCACUCCUCCGGUAGCAACAGGAGAAUCAGAUAAGGCGUCUCAACAUCGAACCAGAGUGAAAAGAGACACCUUUUGGCAUGACUCGACGGUAUUUAUUCCAGGUGCUCCAGGUGGAAGGAUUCGGAUGAAGGAAAUGCAAGAAAAUCCGUCCUCUGGAGCGCAAGGUUACAGCAGCUGGAGGAGACGAAAGCUCAACAAUCUCAAAGCUCAGGCACAUGCAAGUAGGGAGAGGCAAAACACAGGAGAGAAAGAGAUAUACAGUGAUGCAAAUGGAGAGAUAAUGUUUGGAGCAGAUGAUCUGACUGAAGGAGUAACUGUAGCAGAACCAGAUGCCGACCCUGAUCCAGUCUACGAGGUGGAGGAAGAGAGGAGUGGUGACUGGGAGACAGAGGAAGAUGUCGAUCGCGAGAGAGAAACUGAAGAGGGCCUGGAGAGGCAGCGAGAGAAGGAGAGGCUGGAAAUGGAGAGGGAAAGGGAGGAACUGGAGAAGGAGAAGGAGGCCGAACGUGAGACGGAGAGAGAAAAGAUGGAAGGGGAGAAAGAUGUGGAGGGGGAGAGAACAGAGCAGGAAGCAGAGAGAGACUUUGAGAGGGAGGAGUGGGAAAGGCGGAGGGCAGAGAUGGAGAGGGAAAGAGGAGGAGGUUACCCUGAAGAAACUGGACAGCCAUACCCAUACCCUCCACAGUACUUUUUUCUGAAGGGGCAGCCAGGUGAGAAUGGAAAACCGGGACCGAAGGGGGAAAUUGGUGAAAAAGGACAAAAGGGAGAGCCAGGUAUUGGUUAUAGAGGGCCAGAGGGCCAAGCUGGUCCCCCAGGACAAAAGGGUGAGCCGGGUGAGCCAGGACCUCCAGGAGCGCAGGGCAUCCAGGGCAUUAAUGGAAAUGCAGGAAUACAGGGUAUCCCAGGACUCAAGGGCCCUCUUGGAGAUCUGGGAGAGCCAGGCAGAGAGGGUGAACGGGGUAAAAGAGGGAAGAAUGGAUCGACUGGACCCCCAGGACCUAGAGGUGCACCAGGACCUGAUGGUCUUCCUGGAGUACCUGGUGUCAAAGGAGAAAAGGGUGACAGUAUUCCAGGUCAGCCCGGUGCCAGAGGAGUUCCUGGUCCACCAGGCAGACAGGGUGAAAGGGGAACCGCAGGUGUUAAAGGAAGCCCUGGUCAUAUUGGUCCAAAAGGCUUGCGUGGCAACAAAGGAGAAAAGGGAGACCGCGGCAUACCUGGACUCAGAGGAGAGAGAGGGAGCAUACUUCAGAUUCAAGGACCUCGUGGGUUCAAGGGCUCCAAAGGGGACGCGGGUGAAAGGGGCCUACCAGGUUUCGACGGGGAUAAAGGAGAGAAGGGUGAGGACGGUCCUCCAGGAGUAAAGGGCCUUAAAGGGGAUGCGGGCACUAAAGGGGCUCUGGGCCGAUUUGGAGCGCGAGGGCCGGUGGGCCAGAAAGGGGAAGCUGGAGAGCCAGGGCUGAAUGGAGUGAUGGGCCUCAACGGACAGCAUGGAAUGGAUGGAGAAAAAGGCGACAAAGGAGAUGUUGGACUUCAAGGCAUGCAGGGUGAUCAGGGCGAUCCAGGAGAACCUGGUUUAUCUGGAGAAAUGGGAGAGAAGGGAGAAAAGGGAUUCAGAGGGUUUCCUGGACGCACCGGUAAUCCCGGGCUAGACGGCGAAAAGGGAGAUCCAGGCGUGCCUGGCAGUGCAGGUUUACCAGGACUUAAUGGACUCACAGGACGCAAGGGGGACAAAGGAGUUGGAGGGACCAAUGGUGCUGAUGGUGACCCAGGAGAGAAAGGGGAUAAGGGUGCUGCAGGUUUCCCGGGAUUUCCAGGCUUCAAGGGGUCAGCUGGCAGUCCGGGACUAGAUGGAGAUGAGGGACCACCCGGAGCCCCUGGUCCUCAUGGGGAUACGGGGCCCAAGGGUGAGCGGGGCAGGAGAGGCAAAACGAGGCCAUGCCAGAGGGGGGUACCAGGAACCCAAGGGCUGCGAGGAGAAACUGGUUCAGAGGGCAUGGAAGGAGCAAAGGGGGAAAAAGGAGAGCCUGGAUUAUCAGCUGAAGAAGUGAAGGAGCUUGUCAACCAGGAGGUGGUUGAAAAGUGCGGACUGGAAUACAAGUUAAUGGUAAAGUCUGUGGAUCCGGAUGCAUCAUAUGUGGUAACUGGUAGCAAAACUACCAGUAAGCCCAAAGAUUUAGCAAUAACCAUCUCUACUGUGACUGAACGUCACGAAGAAAGGACGAGACAUGACUUUCAAAACCAAGAAUCCAACAGCAACAUGAAAGAAAUUUCAAGUACUCUUCCACUGAAUCUCGAAGAAGCCAGGAGCUCACGAAAUCACACUGAUUCUCAUGAGGGAUGGGCUGUGAAGUCGAGAGAGAGGAAGAAAAGACGACUAUCCGGUUCCAAGGAUGAUGAUCACUGUUUGCUACCAAUGUCAGAAGGAGCUUGUUCGGAAUACGCUCUGGUCUGGUAUUUCCACAGCCAGUCGGGGGAAUGCAGGCCUUUUGUAUUCGGCGGCUGUGGUGGCAACCAAAACCGAUUCACAUCUAAACAGGACUGUGAGAGUCUAUGUGGGAUGAAGAGUGGAGUGACAGAAACUCGGUCAGCUCUGACGGAGGACCUACCUUCAGACAGCUGAUGCAGUGACGAAAAUUCAGCUUUGGCACAGUUUCUGUCCGUCAGUGUGGUGUUACUGAAGAUACGCUGUUUUUGUUUUCUAUAUUUCUUUUAUUUAUUUUUUUUUUUUUUGUGGAAGCAGUUUGAUUUCUGGACUUUUACCAGUGAACAGAAUUGAAAUGUGAGCAACAUUAUGCUAGAGCCUGUACUUUUUCUUGUAUUUGUUUUAUUGGUGAAACUGACUGGCAUUGAGGUUGUUGUUUUUUAUGUGAUUCUAAUUAAUGCUACU